GGGCGCCGCCGAGGACCGAGCCAGCCAGUGAGCGGAGCCGGGCAGAGGGAGGAGCACAUCUUGAUGCAGAGAUGCUGCAGUGGCUCCAGGCGCGCACACACACUCGCGCCCUCGGCCGCCGCCGCCGCUGCCGCCGCCGCCGCCGCAGCGCCCAAGCCGGCGGGCGCCCGGAGGAGCGGGCCCCACGGCUGCCAGCCCGGCCGCCGGGCUCGCCCGCUCGGACAGCGUCCACCUGCGCCAGCCCACACCCUCCUGUCACCCCAGGUCCUUCUCAGCCUCCAGCCAGACGCUGCCCGAGCUCGGCUGAGACUCCAGCUCUCCGGGCCGCACCCCUGCCUGCAGCGCCCACCAUGGGGACACCUGCCAGGAGGAAGCCCCACCUGCUCCUGCUGGCCACCGUGGCCCUGGUCUCCUCUCCAGCCUGGACCGCGGCCCCGGGAUCGCCCGCCACCUUUGGGCCUGUCUUUGAAGAGCAGCCCCUCGGCCUGCUGUUCCCCGAGGAGUCCACAGAGGAGCAGGUGAUGCUGGCGUGCCGCGCCCGGGCCAGCCCCCCGGCCACCUACAGGUGGAAGAUGAACGGUACCGAGAUGAAGCUGGCGCCGGGCUCCCGUCACCAGCUGAUGGGGGGCAACCUGGUCAUCAUGAACCCCACCAAGGCGCAGGACGCCGGCGUCUACCAGUGCCUGGCCUCCAACCCAGUGGGCACCGUCGUCAGCAGAGAGGCUGUGCUCCGCUUUGGCUUCCUGCAGGAGUUCUCUAAGGAGGAGCGGGACCCAGUGAAGACCCACGCGGGCUGGGGGGUGAUGUUGCCCUGUAACCCACCUGCCCACUACCCAGGCUUGUCCUACCGCUGGCUCCUCAAUGAGUUCCCCAACUUCAUCCCGACGGACGGGCGUCACUUCGUGUCCCAGACCACCGGGAACCUCUACAUCGCCCGCACCAAUGCCUCAGACCUGGGCAACUACUCCUGCCUGGCCACCAGCCACAUGGACUUCUCCACCAAGAGCGUCUUCAGCAAGUUUGCGCAGCUCAACCUGGCGGCUGAAGACCCCCGGCUCUUUGCGCCCAGCAUCAAGGCCCGGUUCCCUGCAGAGACCUACGCACUGGCAGGGCAGCAGGUCACCCUGGAGUGCUUCGCCUUUGGCAACCCUGUCCCCAGGAUCAAGUGGCGCAAAGUGGACGGCUCCUUGUCCCCGCAGUGGGCCACCGCCGAGCCCACCCUGCAGAUCCCCAGCGUCAGCUUUGAGGACGAGGGCACCUAUGAGUGCGAGGCGGAGAACUCCAAGGGCCGUGACACCGUCCAGGGACGCAUCAUCGUGCAGGCUCAGCCCGAGUGGCUCAAGGUGAUCUCAGACACGGAGGCCGACAUUGGCUCCAACCUACGCUGGGGCUGUGCGGCUGCCGGCAAGCCCCGGCCCACUGUGCGCUGGCUGCGGAACGGGGAGCCCCUGGCUUCCCAGAACCGGGUGGAGGUGUCGGCCGGGGACCUGCGCUUCUCCAGGCUGAGCCUGGAGGACUCGGGCAUGUACCAGUGUGUGGCAGAGAACAAGCACGGCACCAUCUACGCCAGCGCCGAGCUGGCCGUGCAAGCGCUGGCCCCUGACUUCCGGCUGAAUCCCGUCAGACGCCUGAUCCCUGCAGCCCGCGGGGGUGAGGUCACUAUCCCCUGCCAGCCCCGGGCGGCCCCCAAGGCUGUGGUGCUGUGGAGCAAAGGCACAGAGAUCCUGGCCAACAGCAGCAGAGUCACCGUGACUCCAGACGGCACCCUCAUCAUCAGAAACAUCAGCCGGUCUGACGAGGGCAAAUACACCUGCUUUGCGGAGAACUUCAUGGGCAAAGCCAACAGCACGGGAAUCCUGUCUGUGCGCGAUGCAACCAAGAUCACCCUAGCCCCCUCGAGUGCUGACAUCAACCUGGGUGACAACCUGACCCUCCAGUGCCAUGCCUCCCAUGACCCCACUAUGGACCUCACAUUCAUCUGGACCCUGGAUGACUUCCCUAUCGACUUCGACAAGCCCGGGGGUCACUACCGGAGGGCCAGUGCGAAGGAAACCGUCGGGGACCUGACCAUCCUCAAUGCCCAGCUGCGCCACGGUGGGAAGUACACAUGCAUGGCCCAGACGGUGGUUGACAGCGCGUCCAAGGAGGCCACGGUCCUGGUCCGAGGUCCACCAGGUCCCCCAGGAGGCGUGGUGGUGAGGGAUAUUGGGGACACCAGCGUCCAGCUCAGCUGGAGCCGGGGCUUCGACAACCACAGUCCCAUCGCCAAGUACACCCUCCAAGCACGCACUCCGCCUGCAGGGAAGUGGAAGCAGGUUCGGACCAAUCCUGCCAACAUCGAGGGCAACGCCGAGACCGCCCAGGUGCUGGGCCUCACGCCGUGGAUGGACUACGAGUUCCGGGUCUUAGCCAGCAACAUCCUGGGCACAGGGAAGCCCAGCGGGCCCUCCAGCAGGAUCAGGACCAAGGAAGCAGCCCCCUCGGUGGCACCGUCAGGACUCAGUGGAGGAGGGGGAGCCCCUGGGGAGCUCGUCGUCAACUGGACGCCCAUGUCACGGGAGUACCAGAACGGAGACGGCUUCGGCUACCUGCUGUCCUUCCGCAGGCAGGGCAGCGCCAGCUGGCAGACCGCCCAGGUGUCCGGCGCCGACGCCCAGUACUUUGUCUACAGCAACGAGAGCAUCCAGCCCUACACGCCCUUUGAGGUCAAGAUCCGCAGCUACAACCGCCGUGGGGAUGGGCCCGAGAGCCUCACCGCGCUGGUGUACUCGGCGGAGGAAGAGCCCAAGGUGGUGCCUACCAAGAUCUGGGCCAAAGGGGUCUCCUCCUCCGAGAUGAAUGUGACCUGGGAACCCGUGCAGCAGGACGUGAAUGGUAUCCUCCUGGGGUACGAGAUCCGAUACUGGAGAGUUGGGGACAAAGAAGCAGCUGCUGACCGAGUGAGGACGGCAGGGCUGGACACUAGUGCCCUGGUCACUGGCCUGCAUCCCAACACCAAGUACCACGUGACCGUGCGGGCCUACAACCGGGCUGGCACUGGGCCUGCCAGCCCUUCUGCCAAUGCCACCACCAUGAAGCCCCCUCCACAGCGCCCUCCUGGCAACAUCUCCUGGACCUUCUCGAGCUCCAGCCUUAGCAUUAAGUGGGACCCCGUGGUCCCCUUCCGAAACGAGUCUGCAGUCACUGGCUACAAGAUGCUGUACCAGAAUGACCUGCACCCGACGCCCACUCUCCACCUCACCAGCAAGAACUGGAUAGAGAUCCCGGUGCCCGAGGGCAUCGGCCACUCCCUGGUACAGAUUCGGACCACAGGGCCUGGAGGGGACGGGGUUCCGGCCGAAGUCCACAUCGUGAAGAAUGGAGGCACAAGCAUGAUGGUGGAGAACGCAGCCGCGCACCCAGCCCCACAGCCCAGCACCCUCCUCUCCCGCUCCGUGGCGAUGCUGAUGCUCUUCCGCUGCCUGGAGCUCUGACCUCGGCACCCACCUCCGACGGACUCGGCCGCCGGCCCAGGCUCCUUCCCGGUGCCAAGGUGGCCCAACACUGUGCCCGAGAGCGGCUGGCUUUUGAUCCCUACUUCAAACAGUGCCCUUUUUGUAGGAGGUGGGGUAUUUCAUAUUCUGCCUCAGGACAGAACCCACCCAGAUUGUUUUCUUUAAAUCAUGAGGCACUGGGACUUCCAAGAUGAUACUGAACCCCCUGCCCGGGCCUUGGAGGCGGUCUGGAUGGACAAACGGGCAUCUUCAGAUUCAGAGCUGGCACCCUGAGGCCAGAGCCCCACGCCCAGCAAACAGUGGAUACUGAGGGCUAAAGAGGGACAAUGGGUAAACAGCAGCAGCCGACACUGGGCGCUCUCCCGCAUCCUCUUGGAAUGCACGGCUGGACCUCCACCAUCCUCCAUACUCCCUGGAGGCCCCCGCCUGUGUGGGCAGCAGGGAACCAGUGCCUGAUGCCCGGGGCUGGAGUCUGUGUCCCUUCAGUAUCACAGUGGGAGCUGCAAGGAUCUAGAGGCUGACACCUGAUGGAAAGGGGCACCGCCUUGACUGGAGGCAGGCGUCAGGAGCCAAGUGACGCUGCCCUCCCAGUCGACACUGCCAACCCGCCCCGUCACCCCCCGAGUGACAGAGCCACUGCAGGUGAUGAAAGGGCUUAACCCCCACCAAGACCCACCCUGCACAGCCCCUGCAGGGUUUGGGCAGAAGACAGGGAUCGUGGCCCACCCUCUGCCUCCAGCUCUGCUGCCAGACCUGGGCUUCUCCCACCUGCAGGCCCCACCCUCUCAUGCCUGUGAGGCAGUGCAGCAUUGACUCUGUCCUAGAGUCGGAGGCGAGGGCAUCAGCGUGGCCCUGCGUGCUCCCAGGAAUGCCCCAGAUCACCUGGCAAGAUCUGCCCCAGACUGCCUGGCCCACUCCUGCGCAUUUCUCCGGAAGAAAAAGGGGUUAAUAAAGGGGACCUCUCCGCUGAGCUCUGGGUACAUAACCAGUCACAGACAUCAGAGCUAGAAGAGGUCUUAGCUGAUUCGCACGGGCACCUCACUCCAGAUGAGCAGAGGGCGGCGCUGAGGGGUUGGGGACGUCCGCCAUCAGCCUGGAGGUGAGCGGGCUGAACUCCUGCCUCCGGUUCAGUCUGUCCAGAGCAAGGAGGCAGUGCUGCACGUCCAAGGCCCGAGUCAGAAGGCGGUGACGGUCAGCAGCGGGAGCAAACUCUGCUUCAAGAGGUUCAGGCUGGCGGUCACCAGGCUGGCAUGGAUGGGGCCAGCCCAGGGCAUGGCAUGUUCCAAGAGCCAUCAAGCCCUUCUUGCCUUGCGAGCCCGGCUUCUGCUGUGACCUCCAGGCGGCUUGACCCUUCUUUUGCCCUCGCUGUUGCUCCGAGAGGCCAAAGCACGGACGGGUUCCCCGAAUCCCGCAGCAGUGGCAGCAUGACCGAGAGCCCAGAGCCUGUGCUCCAACAGGUGGCCUUUCACACGAGGGAGCGGCGGGUCGGCCGUGGCCUGCACGCUCCCUGAGCCUGUUCUCUGUAGUUUACAGUUAGAGCUCUAUUUUGUUAUGGUUUUUUAAACUUUGAAGUCCUGCUCUCUUUUCCUGGGCAGGUUUAUGUUUUCCCACGACAAUUUUCUUCAACUGGAAGCUCCCACACCUGCUCCCUGCCACCACCAGCCCCCUUCCCUGGAGCUGUCACACACGUUCCUGAUCCCUGGCGAGGGUGCUAGGGGCUCGGCUAUGGGCCUUGAACUUGGCCUGGCGUCCCUCCUGGUCCUACAGAAAGGGGACCCAUGCGGAGAAAGGCACCUGGCUCCACGGUAGGGAGGUGGGGGGUGAGCCCGUUUCACAAAGGACUGAACCAGGCAAGUUAGAGGCUGCUGCCCUAAGCUUGCCUGAAAAACAUACUUGAGAUUGAGACUCUUAACUCUAAUAAGGCCCAUUGGGGAGAAGAGAAGGCAGCCCUGCUGGGAGGCCCACAAAGGGUUUUAGCCAGAAAAACCUAACCACUGAGCAGGAAGAAUUCUGGGAUAUAGAACCAGAUCACAGCGGCUAUAAUCCCCCGCAGAGGUCAGGGAGGUAGUGACUAAGGUUUAGUAAGAGGGUGGGUGACCUGGGGAUAUACAAGACAGUAGAAUGGAACAGCUUGACGGGGUGGCUUGGAGAAGACAUGAGUAGAUAGAGGACCCUUGGGAGGGAAGGGAAUCUGAUUUUGUGUUUUCUGCUGAUGGCUGGGGGAGUGGUACCCCCUGCUCCAGCCAUGACUCAGCUCUGCCAUGACUCAACUCAUUCAGAGGGGACAGUGAGGGCCAUCACCCAUAAACCUGUACCUUGCCCUGCAGCUUAGCAGCCAGUCAAUGUGAGGACUAGGGACAGAUGUCCAGCCUGGGACACCUCUUCGGGCUCAGGGAGACCCCCCCUCCCACUCUGCACACACCUGAGUUCAGCCUACAGAGCCCUCUGCCCCUUAGCCCUUGUUGCUUUGUCAGGCAGGUGUAUGCCGGAGUCUCAGAACAGCAAAUGGUAACAACGGUGCUAGGUGGGGAGUGCCAGGGCCAAAGGUGUAGUAGGGGAAGGAGGAGGUGUCUCUUGAUAAACAGGAGACGCUGAGGCUGGACAUCAGGCGGAAUUUCUGCAGCUAGAAUGAGUAAAAGAGGACUUCAGAGGACGGGCGGGAUUUGGGUAGCCUAGGUUGAGUGAAGUGAUUAGAAGGGUGCGAUGCUGUAAAUGACCCUCCAAACUGAGACUCCUAGAAUCAAAAGGUGCUUUGGCCAAGGAAGAGGUGUGGACACCCCAUCUGCUGUGGGCCCUGUACCUCAGGGGAGGCCACGGAGGGCGAAGGCUCACCCCAGGAAUUCUAGCAUAGCUCAGUGCUUUCCCCAGCACAUCCUGCCCCGGGGAAGCCCAGGGCAGCUCGGAAUGUCGGGCUCCCUGGAGCUCCUCCCUAGCAGAAGGCGGCUUUCUUCCUGGCCUCAGACUGGGGCACCAACUGGUGUCCUCUAGGUCAGAGGGACAGCAGGGACUCUCACCUGUGCUCCCUGGCACAGAUGUGCUGCUCUGCCUCCCUAGGUCAGACCUUACCUGGGCUUCAUCCUGCGUAUGAAGGGAGUUGCCACAGAGGCUCCUGGAGCAGUGGCACUUCCCUAAGGGACUUCGGUGAACUCCAUGGAACAGGCACCUGGCAGCUGUGGGGUGCCCCGUGGACUUGUACAUACGGUCAUGGGUUUGAGGAAGGCUGGGCAAUAGAGGAAAACUAGAGAGGAACAAACUGGGUCAGACAGCUUUGCCCAAAGCCCCAAGCGGCCGCAGGGGAGGAAGGUACUCGGUACCCUUCAGUGGGGUACAUCCUGCCUUGGCCCUGAACUCCUCCAACUUACCCACUCCAUCCGGGGCGUGCACAGCAUAGAGAAGCUCACAGCCAGGGAAGUGCUAGAGCUUCGUCAGACCCCUGCCUUGACCUGUUUUUGUUCACACAGAGCCAUUCCCCUGGCCCACUGUUUUUCUCUUGUGUAACUUCUAAUGGUAGUUACUUCCUGACUCUGGUAGCAGGCAGUUCUUAAAUAAAGAUGGUUUCUCAACCUGCA